CUAAACGAGAAGGAUAGAGGACCGACAGAAACGGCCCAGCCGCUUCACAACCGCCGCUCGACCGCAGAAACUGUAGAAGAAUCUGUCUCUGAAACGUCUCUGCUCGCCCUUCACUGCGGCGCUGUGCUGUGUGUGAGGCAGACUGAAGACGGACCGAGGCUGCUCCGCUCUCCUCACUGUCGGCGGACACUGAACCGGAGAGUCCUUCAGGAGCCCGCGCGUCACCCUCACAUAUCCGCUCCAUAUAUACAGGGUGUUUUUCUCGUUUACGUUUACAUUUUCGCCAGUAUUUCUUCUUCUUCGUUUUGGGUCCCUCGGUAUUCUGUGUUGUAUUCUGUCAUCUCAUCGUCGAGAUUCGGUGGAACAGUCGACCGUCCGCCACCGAAACAUCAGAGUUUGAUCAGAGUCUGUCGAGGUUCGGCCGUUUUUAAACCCCGAUUAUUUGAAUCCUCGGGUUUUUCCUCAGACAGAGCCGCUGAUCUACGCUGUGUCUCCAGCGGAGGGCGUUACGUAAGAGAGCCGUCAGAGAGAGAGAGGGAGAGACAGAGAGAGAGAGUGAGAGAGAGAGAGAGAGAGAGAGAGAGAGAGGGAGGACAACCGGAGAAAAUCCGCGGCACCCCGGGACCGAAUCCCCUCAUGUCCGCGGACCCUCUGAGCGCUGUUGUGUGCAGUGGGCAUUGAGAAGGACACCGCUCGCCUCGCGCUGCUGACCGCGUUAUUUGGUGUGUGAAGGAGCGGACAGGCCUGUAUCUGGCGCAGGAAGGCUCUGCUGGAAAAGGCUGCCUUCGAUUUUUUUGGUCGGCGAACGACCUAUGCUUGUGUCCCACCGUUGCUCUGCUGUGUGGUGAAGUGGCUUGUUGGAGAAAAUGUCGGGCCAGACGCUGACUGACCGCAUCGCCGCCGCGCAGUACCAGCUGACCGGGUCAGACGUGGCGCGCGCCGUGUGCAAAGCCACAACGCACGAGGUGAUGGCGCCCAAGAAGAAGCACCUGGACUAUCUGAUCUCUGCCACCAAUGAGACAAACGUGAACAUCCCGCAAAUGGCUGAUACCUUGUUCGAGAGAGCCAUGAAUGCCAGCUGGGUGGUCGUCUUCAAAGCCCUCGUCACCACCCACCACAUAUGCAUUCAUGGCAACGAGAGGUUUAUCCAGUAUCUGGCUUCCAGGACCUCUCUGUUCAACCUGAGCAACUUUAUCGACAAAACUGGCAGCCACGGCUAUGAUAUGUCCACAUUCAUCAGACGAUAUGGGCGGUACCUCAAUGAGAAAGCAUAUGCUUACCGCGCUAUGGCCUUCGACUUCACUCGAGUCAAGAAAGGGGCUGAUGGGGUAAUGAGGACUAUGGCUCCUGAUAAACUGCUCAAGGCUAUGCCUGCCCUGCAGACUCAAGUGGACACUCUGCUGGAAUUUGAUGUUCAUCCCAAAGACUUGAACAACGGCAUUAUCAAUGCGGCUUUCAUGCUUCUUUUCAAGGAUCUGAUCAAACUGUUUGCCUCCUACAAUGAUGGAAUUAUCAAUUUAUUAGAGAAGUAUUUCAAAAUGAAGAAGUCUGACUGCAAGGAGUCACUUGAGAUCUACAAGAAGUUCCUGACUCGAGUGACCAAGAUUUCAGAGUUCAUGAAAAUUGCAGAGCAAGUUGGAGUGGACAAAAAUGACAUCCCUGACAUAUCUUAUGCCCCCAGCAGUAUUCUGGAGUCUCUGGAGACACAUAUGAACAGCCUGGAAGGAAAGAAAGGAGAGGGGUCUCCAACAAAGGGAUCACCCACCAACAAUGUCUCCCCAACCUCCACUCCUGCCAAAACCGCAGGUGCUCUUCCCACCCUGGAGCCACCACCUAGUGAGGCCACGCCUGCGGCUGCUGCACCUGCUGAGGCUGCCACUGAUUCUCUGUUGGACUUGGACCCGCUGUCCUCUUCAGGGCCAUCUGGGGGUGCUUCAGCUGCUCCUACAUCCUGGGGAGACCUGCUGGGGUCAGAAUUUGGUUCUCUCACCACGGAGACUCUCCUCCCUGAUCCCUCCCCUGCUGUAGACUCCGCUUCUCCUGCACCAGCCGCACCUAGCGCAACAACCGGUGAGGCAGCCGUCUCUUUAGCUCCUCCCACUACCGCUGCUGGCUCCGCCUCUAGCUCAGCGGAUCUCCUCGGAGGCACGUUUGCGAGUCCAGCAGCCGAACCUGCUGCUGCUGCAGAGAGCGGAGCUGCAGCCACCACAGCUACUCCUGCUGCUGAGGCUACUGCUGCAACUGACUCUUCGGCUGCUGGUAAUGGCCAGCCUGCAGCUCCAGCACCAGCAGCAUCUGCAGGAGGAGAUCUGAUGGGAGCAUUCGGUGACUUGGGGGACAUGCUCAUGCCAGCCAUGGCUCCUCAGGCAGCCGGAGCAGCCUCCCCUGUUAAACCAGCGGGAGGAGACUUGGACUCCACCAUGGCCAACUUGGCUGGAAAUUUGGGAAUGGGGACCCAGAAACCAGGUGAAGCAGCAGGAGGUGCAAACUGGCAAGCUCAGGUAGCAGCCCCUAGCUGGGGCAUGCCCAUGCCUGCUCCCUCCGGGGUCUCUCCUCUCAUGGGGUCCCAGCUGCCUUUUGGCAUGCCUGGCGCUGCUGGAGCUGCUCCCAGCUCUCCGAUGAUGUUCCCUCAGCAGCCUAUGGUGAGACCACAGUUUCCUGCUGCAGGAGCGCCUGGAGCAUCGAUGUCUCCAGGAAUGGCUCAGAGCCCUAGAAAGCCACCUCCUCCCAAAGAUCCCCUCGCUGACCUGAACAUUAAAGACUUCCUAUAGAUCAGCAUCAGCUCCUGUUACCCUGAGGAAAUGGAGGUGUUCUUCUCUCUUCUGAUCAGUAGCUUCAGGGUCUCCUUUCCUCCCUCCCUCCCUCUCUCUCUGUCUAAUGUUGUACCACAACCUGUGAAAGUGAUCCUGUACACGUGUGUUUGUAUUUUAAUGUUAUCCUUUUGUUUCCAGGCUAUAUUUAAAAAGAUGAACCGUGUAAGGUAUUGAUGGAUGCAUCCUUGUACAUCUGCAGUGGUGGAUGUGUGUUCCUUUUUAUUUCUCCUGGCUCGCUUUUCUGUGAGAAACCCCAAACAGAUGUUUGACGUUUUCUGUGGAAAAAAAAAUAAAAUGAAUAAUAUUUCGGUGUGGUAAAUAUCACUGGCCAAUCUUGGGCUCACUUGAUCCAUGUCGUCAUUUGAGGAAUUAAUUGUCUAGCUUUUAGCCAUACAGCUUAUGGGAAUAUAUGAAUGGACAUGACAUAUACAGAUGUAUUAAAAGAUUGUGUAGCAUCUCAUUUCUGUUUUUACUGACGUAUCGACCUGGUCUUCUUCCUCUUCUGUUGGUCACGUGCGACAUGCAACAUUUGACUAGGCCUGCUGAGAAAGAAUAUGCAUUUUAGAAUAUUUUAUCUUUAGUCUUUAUUUUGAGAUAAACAAAUGUUGAAUAUAUUUUAGUUAUGUUAAAAGUACCUUAUGUAUUAAUGAACUGGUGCAAAGCAUUUCAUUUGUAAAAAAACAUAAAAAAACACUUGUAUUCCUCUAUCCUGCCGCCUGAAUGAAACCGAGUUCAGUUUGAAGAACAGCACUUCGGCAUGGAUAAAUUUCCAUGUGUCCAGCCAGAUUCUAAUAUACAGCUGCAUCUACAAAGGCUCCCAGCGUCUUGCUCACUUGUAAUAACCGAACAGGAUAUAAACUGGCUGUUUGAUGUUGUAAUUUAUUGCAGUUGACUAUAGCAAGAGCAAAUGUGAAAGAUUGUUAUAAAGACUGAUGGAAUAAUGUUAUAUUUACUGUGGCUGUGCAGGUCUGCUUUGUUUUCUAUUUUUCUUUUGUUUUUUUUGAUGAAUUUUAUUUUGGAUGGAAUAUCCCCUCUGCCCCCACAUCCCUCCUCUGUGCAUGUGAGUCCUGUUGAAAUGCAAUAAAUGAUUACCUGGAAAACCCA